GGGCUUUACCUGUAUGUGAGGCGGGAAGAAGCUCAGCUCACGUGAUCAUAAAUAUUAAAAAGGUUACCUUGAGGAAAAUGUUGGUGGUGUCCAAACAGGGGAGACAUUUUUCUCGAACUCAAGUUCUGUCGAAGGGUCAUGAGGACUCGAAACGUCAACUCUUCUUCUCCGCCGAUGCUGCCAGACCUGCUGAGUUUUUCCAGAAAGUCGACCUGGUGUGACAGAAGUUAGAUAUGUGGAAAAGGAACCAGCAGAACGUCAUAUGAUUAUAUCAUGGGAGCAGCCCAGCUGUCUUUCAGAAACCCCCAGAGAUGGCUGCCAACAUAAAAAAGAAGGCUGCACCCCACUUCUGCCACAGUGCCCUCCAUCCUUCAUAAGAGGAGUACGGCAGCAUUGGGAUGUCCUUUACCCCAAGGAUGGCUUCAAGAAGUAUACCAGCCACACCUCUCCAGCCUGCGAGGCCAUUGCGAGGCAGUCAGCACGGCUGGCAACAGCACCCGGAACGCGAUCCAGCGCAGGAAGAUGAUGACUGAUCUCAUCCGCUCUGCCAGUAAGAACUGCUGCUUACUUCCAGAGGAUCUAAGGAAUUUUUACCAGAUGACUGAUGGCUUUUUGAUGACCUGGAGUAUCAAGUUUGAUGGCAAUAACAUGCAGUUGGGUACAAUGGUCAUCAACAGCAUUUCAACGCUUUGUCGACUGGGCACUUCAUCCAUUUACAGCCUGCCUAAUGCACCAACUCUGGAUGACUUAGAAAAUGAUACAGAUGAUGAAGGUAAAGAAGAACCUUUGGAGAAGCCCCAUUUCAAUUCACAGUGUCGAAUAUUUGAGCUGGAUUGUUGCAACGGCAAUGGGAAAGUCUGCCUGGUUUACAAAAACAUCCAAUCAGGAGUUGUAUCUUCGCAUGCUGAAAUCUGGUUCUUGGAUAGAGCACUUUACUGGCAUUUUCUAACAGACACUUUCACAGCCUACUAUCGACUUAUGCUCGUUCACCUAGGAUUGCCCCAGUGGCAGUAUGCACUAACAAAAUAUGGUAUUAGUCCUCAAGCUAAGCAAUGGUUUAAUAUGUACAAGCCUGUUGCCCACACUGCCAGUCUUAUGGCGGAUGACGAUAUCGCUUUCAUGAACAAGCUGGAUCCUAAUCAGGUCUUUAAGAACAAAAACAAGCUUCAGAAUGCCAAGAAAAAGGCUUGUGCGCAGCAACCCGGACCUCAGAAGAAUCAGACCAGCCUGGUCACUAGCAAAAAUGUGUCCCAAGUUGGAAGUACAACAAAAAAAAUGAUUCCUUAAUUUUUAUGUUGAUAUCCAGAGCAACUGCAAUAUGGUUUUACCUCUGGGUAUUGCCAUAUUGUCAUCUGAGCUGCUAUGUCGCAGCAGGUCAGGUCAGGCCAGGUCACGUCAGGUGAAGAUGAAGAAUACAACACUGUCUGGGGUGCCUGCAAACACAGAAAAACAGCAGGGCUUGAAUGUUAAUGAUGUACAUCAUGAUGCAAAUGCAUGAUUUGCAAACACUGCUGAAAAUUAUAGAAAAUCUGUGACAUGAAGUAAUUUAUUGAAAAUGUUUCGGUGUACAGUUACUGAGCCCACAGCUCCUUUUAAUAACUUUUGUUUUAAUUUUACACUGGUUUGAAGCCUAAAUGAAGUGUGUUAUGUAAAUAGUAUCUGUGCUGUUAUGAGUUUCUUUGUCACCUUCCUCAGUAAGAUUUCAGUUGGAUUUGGAGCUCCCAUGUCAUUAUAUAAAUUAAAAUAAGAUAACCUGCAAUAAUCAGUCCAGUGCAAGAAGAACACUGAUGGCAUCCCAGAAUGAAUGGAACUGCUAGGAUGCCAACAAUGUUCUCUUGUUACAAACUAUUUGUUGUAGCUUGUCCCAUCCCAGCAGUUCCAUGCAUGCUCAUUUUUACUAGAAAAAGCAGGCAUUGCACAAACAGCUAAAGCAAUUAGUGUGACAACACAGAGCAUUUAAGCCUCUAAAGGACAAUCUUGUAGUUGAGCACAAGUUUAUCUUUUAGUUGAACAAAUCAUAACAUUGUUAUGUUUAUAGGACCUUAACCACUGAAGAAUAGCUAACUUUGCAACAUAUUUAUAAUUAAUCUUCAUUAAUUACUAGAAAGAGAAGUUAAUCAGUUAGACUGGGCUGUAGAAUUUCUCUUUGCUCCAUUCGUUAGCUCAUAAAUGAAUCCAAAAUGCCAAAACAAAGCUAGUCUUUCUAACAACAGCAAAAUGUAUUUUUUUCGGUCCUAUGCUUAAUAUCUUUCUUGAUGCCUAUAAUGUGUCAGAAGAUGAUCUAGUCGAGCUAAUGGAAAUAUCUCAUGUACCUGAGACACCCACCAAUUAUCUGAAAUGGAUUGUAAUGACUGUGGAAGAUUCCCCAUGUCAUUUCAGGUUUAAUUUUUUUUUUUAAACAUUCAGUUUACAUAACUGGCUCUUGGCCAAUCUCGUGUUUGUGUGUUUGUCUGAUUAAAAUAAGUUCACGUAGUGAUCCUACCAUUAUUAUUUUACGAUUUGAAACUAUGGUAAGUUUGCUGUAACUGAUCUCACUACCUGACUUCAGAAAGCUGCAACUUACACAAUUGUUUUCCACUUCCUUGCAAUUGACAACAAAAUUCCAUGUUCAUAUUUGUGUCCAUUUAUGUCGAUACUACAAAAUUGAUGCCAAAGUGAAUCUUAUUUUGACUCCAACCCUUGAACUUACAGUUCAGUUGAAACCUUUUCACGUUUUUCGAAUUGGUUUUAUGUGACACCUCCUGCUGCCAGAUUCAAGUAAACAUGACACUGGCAUUGGUAGGCUGUCUGCGUAACAUUGAAGUUUGUUUUUGAUGUAUGUCACAUGUUCAAGUAAGAAACAGUAUAAAUGUACUGUUGGUGUCUCCCUAUCUUGUCAAAAUUAGAGCUUUCUACUCGUAUAAUGAGAAUAGAGACUUUGGAAUAUGUUGGCAGUGUAAUUCUAUUUUGCUUUAUGUACAUUUUUUAGCUAUCUGGGAUGUCGAAUAUCAUUUAAAUGUCACUUAGAUUAAAUUAUCUUUCAUAUAUUUCUUUAUAAAAGUAUGAUCAUUACAAUAGACCAGUAAUCAGUAUUGUAAAUAUUUUGUUGUAUCCUUCAUUGAACUUCCAUCUGUUUAAUAUGUGCUUAGUGAAGUGCCACACAGCUGGUAUGUUUUAGUAUUUGCACAAUGAAGAAAAAUUGCACUGCAAAACCAUAUAGGAUUCCUGCCAUCUCUAGGCAUUUUAUUGAGAUGUGUAUAUAGGUUUACAUUUUUGGAAGGGUUUAAAUAAUUAUUCGCACUAUAUUUGUAAGAUUAUUUUCUGUUAAUGGUAUAAUUUGUUGUACGCAUGUCAAUUAUGAUAACUCCUUCAUUUUUAAAGUUUCCAUUAAGCAAAUAGAAAAUGAAAUUCAAGAAUUAUUUUCUAUCUUCACCCGUUGUAUUUCAUCCAACUUGAGUUCAAUUGUUAGUCACCUAUUAAGUGAGUACAUUUUUGUAGAGUUCAAAUUUUAAUAAGUUUACAGCCCAUAUUUUAGACAGUCAUUUUCUGUAGUAUUGCAUGGCUUUCUGUCUUAAAUAUUCAUCAAAUUACGAUAUGUUAAUGAUAAAGUUAGAUUUCCCGCCUUUCCAGCUGUCUUAAUUCUUUGAAUGGAAACCUCUACCAACAUAGAAUAGAAAUAAAUUCAAGUUGUCAAUGAGCAAUCAUGUAUACAGUCACAUUUUUGAUUUACAGUAACGUCGUCUUUUCAAGAUGGGCAUGUCAUUUUUCUGAAAAGCACUGAAUAGUUAUAUUAUUUUAUGGUUAUUAGACAAAUAGUCACAAAAUAUACAUCCCUAAGAGAGCAAUGGGAAAUGGGUGUGUGUUUGAUGUGUGGCGAUAGCUUUCACUCAAAGAAUAAAGACAGCUGGUAAUGUAGUUUGCCGGGUUUUUUUUUCAACAAUACAUCAUUUUGUGACUUAUUGGGAGAUGUUUUGUCCUUACAGUGAAAGUAUACAAGUUCAUCACACAAUGCAUAGAAUCCGUGAAAUAGAAUGAUUUUAAACAAGAAACAAGAGGCUCUGAAACUUCAAAACUAACGUUUUGCAAAAAUAACGAAUAACUAUUCAGUUUAGUGAUGGGGAAAGAAUUAGUAGGUCAGAGUGGAGGCUAGUGCCUUUAUAUAACAAUGAAAGAGGAAAUCAUGAUCUUCAUGUUAUCAGUGUCAAAAGCAUCUUAAGAUGACAAACUUUGUGAUUUUCUCUUUGCAUCUUGGACUUAUCCUUACUGUUCAUCAGAGAAUUCAGUGAUAAUAACCAUAGGAAGGCAUAUGCUUUUUAAAAAAAAAGUUCUAUGCCAAUAAUGGAAGACUUGCAAGAAAUUGUGAAAAAUAAAUAUUCACUGAUACUUUAUUAAGAAUUCCUGUUAAGUGAAUGCUUCUGUGAUCAAAAACUAUAACAUUGUUUAAUAGGAUUUUGAUUGACAUUGGUAGAGGUAUUUAGAAGGAGGUGGAUGGGGGGAAACCUCACUAUUAUGUUUGCAGUUUUCAUGAUGGUUCCUACCUAUGCAGGCACUUGGUGCACAUCUAUGCAGAGCUCAGAAUAAAUAAAAUCACACUACAGUA